AGCACAGGACGUGGCAAUCUGAACAUUCCGAGGAUUGACAGUGGUGGGCAAGUGGUGGGUGCACCAACGAUUAGAUUGGCAUAAUACGGCACAUCCAGUCCCAGUUGUCGUAACAUUUCGUGACAGGACUAGCUAAAGGAGAUAAGCUCAGUAGCGCUAGGUGAGUUCCUCCUAUAGGAUUCGGAAAGCCCUAGACUGUUCGUCUCCCGCCGUUGCACAACCAGCUGCUGGCAAGUCUGGGCUUGGCUUAGACGCGCUUCCAUCGAUACUGAAGCCACUACGUAUACUAGAGCUUGACAACGAUGGUAUUCAAUCAUGAUGCAAACGACCCUCUUGCGAUAGUUGAUGCACCCCCUCCAAAUGAAACACCCCACGAAAAGUCUGCGCGAGAAGAGCGUGAGGCAGAAGCCAAGAGAAUUAGUGAUCUGAUCGACGAAAAUAUCAAGGCGGAGAGGGCCGAACUAAAGAAAGAGAAAGAUGUUGUCAAGGUUCUUCUACUUGGCCAAAGUGAGAGCGGCAAAUCAACUACACUAAAGAACUUCCGUAUGAAAUACGCGCAAGAGGAAUGGAUAGAAGAACGUACUUCUUGGCAAGCCGUCAUUCAGCUAAACAUUGUGCGCUCUAUCAAUGUCAUCUUGGAUGCCCUUUGUGGAGAUCCGGCCGAAAAUGAAGAGGGAUCGCUUACUACGAAAGUGACAGAUCAGCAUAUAUUGCUCAAGUCUCGUCUCGAGCCACUUCGUGUCGUGGAGAAAGAUCUGAAGCGGCUUCUAGGGACCUCGGCAGAAGAAAUAGUAGAUGCAUCCUCUGACGAACAGCAAGCAACCCCCUUCGAAGGACCGGUUUCAGAUACUCUUACACGACAUAAACGAUCUGGAGAAUUUUUCGUUCGGUCGUGGAGAACCCUGCUACACGUUCCGUAUGGUGAUAAUAGAAAUGGUCGUAUUCUUGGAGAUACCCCCGAUACGUGUGAUGUGACCGAGAUCAUUGCCAGUUGCAAGGACGACAUGAAGGCGCUGUGGCAAGAUGAUGCUGUUCAAACAGAACUCGCGAGAGGGCGGAUACGGUUGGACGACUCAGCAGGCUUUUUCCUCAAUGAUUUAGAUCGGCUGACCGUGCAAGAUUACGAACCAACGGAUGAUGAUGUUCUUCGAGCGCGACUGCGGACGAGUGGUAUUCAAGAAUACACCCUCCAUUUUGAUACUGUAUCAUAUGAGGGAGCACGGACUUGGAAGAUGUUCGAUGUGGGGGGUUCACGAACGAUGCGCCAUGCGUGGCUCCCCUAUUUCGAAGGCAUAGACGCCGUUAUAUUUUUAGCUCCGGUAUCAUGUUUCAACGAAAAGCUCGCUGAAGAUCGUCGAAUAAAUCGCUUGGAGGACUCUUUUAUUUUAUGGAAAUCAAUCUGUUCGUCUAGGCUUCUAGCCAGAACUGCAUUGAUCAUAUUUCUCAACAAAUGCGAUAUACUUGAGGAGAAGAUAAAUCGCGGAAUUAUGGUAAAUAAGUAUCUGCAAAGUUAUGGCGAUAGGCCUAACGAAUACAGUGCGGUGAUCAAAUAUCUACGACAGAAAUUUAAAGAAUCUAUGAUGCAACACUCACCAGAGCCACGCGUUUUCUAUGCGUAUGCAACGGUCGUGACAGAAACGAAAGCUACUGCAAUGACACUGAAAUCAGUUCGAGACGGGAUUUUACGAGAGCAUUUGAAACAAGCAGAUUUUGUAUGACUACCUCUGAAUUACAUUCAUUAGAGGUAUCUGUUUCGGUUUAUGGAUUAUCUUGUGCACAUAUACUACUUAUCUGUAUGGAUUCUGCGCGUAAUGCUGUUCCUCCAGCUGAUCAAAAUGGAAAGGAAAGCGCUGUACUAUCCGUUAUACCAACGGCUUCCAACCUUCGCCUGCAGGCCACUUCAUGUUAUCAGCUUCCUCAAAUCUACGGCCAGGUCGUUGCCAGUCAUUAGAGCUUUUCUCGCGCUCAUCUCCAGAACUCUCAUCGGUUACAGGUUCUGAAUAAGGGUCAUUAUCGAUGUGUGCCUCACUGUUGGCUGGAGGCCACCGAUCGGCCAUAAGACCUUCUUCACCUUCAUCCAACCUGAAUGAUUGACGUAUCCCCGUCUGCUAAGCCCGGCCUCUGCUUUGUAACGUGCUGCAUCCAGUUUAGGCUGAGCCUUUUGUUGCAAAUUCGACAGCGUUUUUUGGAUUUGAGUCAUAGGAGACGUGUCUAGAGGUUCACGAUCACGGCUGAGUGACAGGUGUCGUGAAAGACCCUGAUAUGACGGCGCCCGGGCAUGUCCC